UGCUCUCUUUCUCCUACUCCCAUUAUUUAUUUGCCCGCCACACCGGAGGUCUCUCAGCUCUCAUCCUCAUGGAGACCUUUGUCCUCCUCCUCUUCCUCUCGCCGUUCUCCUUCUUCGCGGCUCCCACCACCUCUUCUCAUCUCUUCCCCAAAGAAGCCCGCCCAACCAGAUCCGGCUACCUCCCAAUCGGCCCCGCGGCGGCCGCCAACACUUCGUCGGCGGCGAGUCUCUUCUUCGCCUUCUACGAGGCCCAGCAGCCGAUCUCCCCUCUACCGCAGACCCCGCUCCUCAUCUGGCUCCAGGGCGGCCCCGGCUGCUCCUCCAUGCUCGGCAACCUCUUUGAGCUCGGCCCCUAUCUCGUCUCUCCCGACUCCCUCACCCUCCGCCGGAACCCCGACACCUGGAACCAUCGCUUCGGCCUCCUCUUCAUCGAUAACCCCCUUGGCACUGGCUUCAGCGUCGCCCCCUCCCCCGUCGAUGUCCCCCGCAACCAGACCGCCGUCGCUGCCCACCUCAUCUCCGCCCUCCGCCACUUCCUCGCCUUCGAUCGCUCCUUCCACCGCCGGCCCCUCUACAUCACCGGCGAGAGCUACGCCGGAAAGUACGUCCCCUCCGCUGGGUAUUACAUCCUGCGGCAGAACGCGCGGCUGCCGCCGCACCGCCGGAUCAACCUCCGCGGCGUCGCGAUCGGCAACGGGCUCACGCACCCCGUCACCCAGGUCGGCACCCACGCCGUCUCCGCGUACUUCACCGGCCUGAUCAACGAGCGGCAGAGAGCGCGGCUCGUGGAGCUGCAGGACGAGGCCAUAAGGCUGACGCUGGCGGCCAAUUGGUCGGCGGCUUCGGACGCGAGGGGCAAGGCCUUGGAGUGGCUGGAGAACGCCACGGGCCUCGCGACGCUGUACGACCUGACCAAGAAGAAGCCGUACGACUCAGGCAUGUUGGACGUGUUCCUGAACAAGGAGGAGGUGAAGGCGGCGCUGGGCGUGGCCAAGGAGGUGGUGUGGGAGGUGUGCAGCGAGGUGGUCGGAGAGGCCCUUCACGCUGACGUGAUGAAGAGCACCAAGUUCAUGGUGGAGGAGCUGGUGAGGCGGAGCAGGGUGCUGCUGUACCAGGGGGUGUACGACCUCAGGGAUGGCGUGGUGUCAACGGAAGCCUGGAUCAAGGAGAUGAAGUGGGAAGGGCUGGGAAGCUUCAUGAAGGCUAAGAGGGAGGUGUGGAAACUGGACGGCGAGCUCGUCGGGUACGUCCAGCGCUGGGGGAGCUUGAGCCAUGUCGUCGUCUACGGUGCCGGCCAUCUUGUGCCUGCGGACCAAGGGAAGUCAGCCCAGGCGAUGAUCGAGGACUGGGUCAUGGAGAAGGGCUUGUUUGGGGGUGCCGGUGCUUGAAGCUUCAGCGAUCAUUUAUGGUGUUUUGGCUCUCUCUGCCACAGUCUUCCAAGGGCCUCAUUAAUUGUUGUUGCUACUGUAUCAUUUCAACCGCAAACAAUGAUUAUUGAUAAAAUAAUAGAAGAUAAAAAUAAUUAUUAAAACAAUUAUUAAAAAAAUAAAAAAAAAUUAAAUAUAUUAAUAAAAAAAAUUUAAUAGAAUAAUUUUCCUCAACGGAAUGGAGGAUUUUCUUUGAUGGAAUAGAAAGAUUUUUUUAUAUAGUUAAA